AGGUGGGGGGGGGGGGGGCCGCCGCUCUCCGGGGAGGUCAGCCCUCGUUCCGAAGGUCUGUGCUUCGCCCGCGCCGCGGAGUGCUGGCCAUGAGGAUUCUGUGGCUGGCGCUGUGCGCGCUGGCGCGGUUGUGGCCCGGGGCCAUGGCCGGCUGCGUCGAGUCUGGGCGCUGCUGCCCGGGCCGGGACCCCGCUUGCUUCUCCCGCGGCUGGAGGCUGGACAGGAUCUACGGGACGUGCUUCUGCGACCAAGCCUGCCGCCUCACCGGGGACUGCUGCUUCGACUACGCCACGGCAUGCCCAGCUCGCCCGUGCAUCGUGGGGGAGUGGAGCCCCUGGAGUGGCUGUGCUGACCAGUGCAAGCCGAUGGCCCGCGUGCGGAGGCGCCUAGUGCAGCAGGAGCCCCAGAACGGUGGGGCGCCCUGCCCUGCCUUAGAAGAGAAAGCCGGCUGCCUGGAGUACUCAACACCGCAGGGCCAGGACUGCGGGCAUGCUUUUGUCCCUGCCUUCAUAACUAGCUCUGCAUUCAAUAAGGAGAGAACAAGACAAGUUGUCUCCCCACAGUGGUCUACAGACACAGAGGACACUGGAUACUGUAUGGAGUUCAAGACCGAGUCAUUGACUCAUCACUGCGCCCUGGAAAACCGUCCCCUAACAAGAUGGAUGCAGUACCUACGAGAGGGGUACACAGUGUGUGUCGAUUGUCAACCUCCAGCCAUGAACUCUGUGAGUCUCCGUUGUUCUGGAGAUGGCCUGGAUUCUGAUGGAAAUCAGACUCUCACUGGCAAGCAGUUGGCAAUCCUCGAUGUCAAGGAACUUGGAAAAAAGUUCGGCGAGUAGACCAGUGUUCAUGUCCAGCUGUGCACAGUUUUAUAUUUAUAUAGAUUGCAAGGUAAAUAUCAUAAAAUCUGUGUAAACAUGAUAAAUAUUAUCAAGUAUGUUCAAUGCUUCAUAAACCUUUAAAAACUGUGUGGCCAAAUUUGUGAAGAUCAUUGCCACACUGUAAAGUGGAAGAAGAAAAUUGAGGGACCAGUUCUCAGUAAACACAAUACCUUUUUUUUUUAUUUAUAGUGAGUUGAGGACCCACUCUAAAGUCUCCUGUGAUUUUCUGUCCUUGAUCUUCUACAUAGGGGCCCCUCAUUCUACAGGCAGCCCAUGUGACACAAAAUACAUGUCUGUUUGCACUAAAAUUACUAGAACAUGGUCCACUUAUUGGUGAAUACGUUGUCAUUUAAGGUUAUCUAUGCUUUGGAUCUUGCAUUUCUCUCCUUUUCUGUAACCUUCAAAGCUUCUUGCUUUAAAAAUGUAUACUAUAUAUGUACACUCUUACAUAAACAUUUCUCAUAUAUUAUUCCACAAAUUCUGAAAUGAUUAAUUUCAAGCAAAUUUUCACAAAUAAUUUUCCACAGGACAAAUUAUUUAAGAUUUAGCAAGCAUUCUGUAAUAAAAAAUAGCUAUGCUAAAAAUACUUUUUUGAAGAAAUAUUCUUCAGUUAAUUGAAAAGAUCAACUGUUCAUUCUAGAUCAGUAUGAGUUCCUUUAAAUGUUAUACUUUUCAUAAUGAGAAAUUUUGGCACCAGUGAAUGAAACAAUUGCUUUAAUUAUGAAAAUUCUACCAUCAUUAGUAUCUAAGAUUAUUUCCAUGGCUAAAGCCUGAAGCUGACUGGAACAGUCUUUCAAAGUCCAGUGUCAAGUUAAGUUGAAGUAAACUUAUUAUAAUACUUGUUUUCUAUUUUAUGAGUAUUCAUUUUAUGUUUUGAGUAGAUGGCAGAGGAAUGGAUUAUCGAAGGCUGGAUUUUAUUACAAAUACUCUGAUCUCACAUGCAAACACACAUAAUAUUAGUCUUAUUUAAUGGUUGGGAAAUCUAUGAACCAGAGACCAAGUGGCUUGUUUAAGCACCUGGGAUGACAGGUCAUUCUGCAAGUCAGCCACAGAGCGAAAUCUCUGUUUCUCCUGCCGAACCCAGCUUUGAUGAAAAGCCAAAUUGUGUCAAAGACUGGGCUGUA